UGCCGAAACGUGCAGUUCAGCCACUGAAUCAGAAAUAAAAAUAAAAACCGAACCCAAAACUACGAGCAAACCCCCAAGCAAAGUCAACAAAAACUUCGCCAGCGCCAAAAACUAAAUUCUGAUAAACGUGUGCGAAAAACAAACGUAACGAGAAAACAGUUGAAAAAGUUGGGCGGGAAAUACGUAACCCCGGGGGUUUUAUGGCUGCCUGCAUCUAAUGCAAAUUAGCAGCCAAAACGCUAGGAAAAUAAACAAUAAUUCUACACAAAUAAAUCAGACAGAGAGUGCAAAAUAACAUUAGCGAGAAAUACGAGAAAUUGCAGAAACGUUUGCCAAAUAUUUUGAGAACCCCAAAAAGUGCGUGGUGUGCCAUUUUAUCGGAAUCGAGAGGAUGAGUGCUUAGAUGACACAAUAAAUUCAAGCGGACCGCCAACAUGCAAAAUCAUAACGAGAGGAAGCCAGCAACGUGGGAAAACUGAUUAAAAUUAUUAAAUUUAAAUAUCAGGAAAGGUGAAAAAUGUUUACGUGGCUGAUGAUGGGCAUCCUGCAGUUUGCAAACGGGGAUAUGACCCCCGAUUCAUAUGUGAAUACCACAAAUUGGUAUAAUACAAACGAGAGCUUAUUUACCACGGAACUGAACCAAAGAUGGAUUAGUGCUGGCUCCACAAUUCAGCCAGAGGAGCCUGUUUAUGGCACCGACUUGCCCACCUAUCAACAUUGCAUUGCCACCCGGAAUUCCUUUGCUGAUUUGUUCACCGUGGUGCUCUAUGGAUUUGUUUGCAUUAUCGGAUUAUUUGGCAAUACUCUGGUGAUCUAUGUGGUGCUUCGCUUUUCCAAAAUGCAAACGGUUACGAAUAUAUAUAUCCUGAAUCUGGCGGUGGCAGAUGAGUGUUUCCUAAUUGGAAUACCAUUUCUGCUUUAUACGAUGCGAAUAUGCAGCUGGCGAUUUGGGGAGUUUAUGUGCAAGGCCUAUAUGGUAAGCACUUCGAUUACCUCGUUCACCUCAUCGAUAUUCCUGCUCAUCAUGUCUGCGGAUCGGUAUAUAGCGGUGUGCCACCCUAUCUCCUCACCCCGAUAUCGAACCCUUCAUAUAGCCAAGAUAGUCUCAGCGGUUGCCUGGACAACCUCAGCGGUCCUUAUGCUACCGGUGAUCCUGUAUGCCAGCACCGUGGAGCAGGAGGAUGGCAUCAACUACUCCUGCAACAUAAUGUGGCCAGAUGCGUAUAAAAAGCACUCGGGCACUACCUUCAUACUCUACACAUUUUUCCUGGGAUUCGCCACACCACUGUGUUUUAUCCUGAGCUUUUACUAUCUGGUCAUAAGGAAACUGCAGUCGGUGGGUCCCAAACAUGCCACCAAAUCCAAGGAGAAGAGGAGGGCUCAUCGUAAAGUCACCCGACUGGUUCUAACGGUAAUUAGUGUAUACAUAUUUUGUUGGCUUCCACACUGGAUAUCUCAGGUGGCCUUAAUUCACUCGAAUCCCGCUCAGAGGGACCUAUCCCGCCUGGAGAUACUCAUCUUUCUGCUUUUGGGAGCUCUGGUUUAUUCCAAUUCGGCAGUGAAUCCAAUACUCUAUGCCUUCCUGAGUGAGAACUUCCGGAAGAGCUUCUUCAAGGCCUUCACCUGUAUGAAUAAACAGGAUAUUAACGCUCAACUGCAGGUGGAGCCCAGUGUUUUUACCAAGCAGGGCAGUAGAAAGAGGGGUGGCUCCAAGCGCCGUCAGUCCACCAAUACUCAGAUGCCUCCGCUGUUGCCACAGAAUGCUGGUAACAACAAUUCAUCGACCACCACAUCCUCGACCACCACAGCGGAGAAAACCGGAACCACGGUGACACAGAAAUCCUGUAAUUCCAAUGGCAAAGUGACAGGUCCGCCGGAGAAUUUGAUUAUUUGUUUGAGCGAACAGCAGGAGGCCUUUUGCACCACUGCAAGGAGAUCAUCCGGUGCAAUGCAGCAAACUGAUUUGUAACCCACUUUAAGUAAGAGUUUCCUUUAAACAAAUAAACGGAGAAAAACAUUUAAAUAUAUAUUGUAAUACAAAGUAUAUAAAGCAUUUACAAGAUUUUAUAAUUAUUUUCUACCACAACACAUGUGAACACCCGCGAUAAACAUAAUGAAUUGAGACUAAGCAGUAUUAAUUACAUAUGUCUACAUACAUAGCAUAGAUUCUUUAGAUUCAUAGAAAGAUUCUUCCAGAAUCCAUAACCGCACAACGAUAUAUUAGCAAUAUAUGGGAAGGGAUUAAGAGUGGAAGGACCCAUUUAAUUAAAUACAAAAGAUAUUAAGAAACAAUAUUCAUUUUCUAGGCUUUAUUCCAAGAAAACGUAUUAAAAUAUAAUAUAAACUGAUGAUUGUUCGAAACUGCAAUGUAAAAUUAAAUAUAAUUAUUUGCAAAUACGUGUUUGUAUAUUUUACUGCCAACAUAACUUUUACCAUAAGACAUAAAUUAAUUAUGGCACUUCUACUAAAUAAUACAUGUGACCUUAUCUUAAGUAAAAUAAUGGUUGCUUCUGCGGUAUAUUUAAUAAUUAUCCAAUUAAGCAAUUACACCGAUUUAUGCAAUUAAAAAGGAAUUAGACGGGUUUGCAUAAAGUAAGCAGCUUAGCCAGAAGUAAGUCAGUCAGCCAAGACUCUCGUAAAAUGUGAAAUAAAAAACUUUUUACGAGGCCACCCGUCGAAAGAUGAAACCAGAUGAGUCAAUGCCACAAUAAAAGUCUGCGGGUGUCUGAGGCUGGGUUUUAAUGGAAAAGUAAGGGAAGAAAUUAGAAUUAAGACGUUUUAAAAAAAAUAUUCCCUUGUUUUAGCUGUAUAUAUGUCAACAGAAUUGCUAAAAUGUGAGUGUGUUAAUGUUGAUGUGAAUGUGCUAUGUGGGUAAUUAUACGAGUAUACAUAAUUAAAUUACGUUUGUUUGACAAACAGCAUCUCAUGGAACGAGCUGAAUAUUUUCUAAUUUAUGCUUAGUAUUUAAAUUACACAAAGAUAAU